AUGACUGGAUAUUUGACGUCCAUUGGAGUACGUGCUGGUGAACGCCGAGUGGGGAGAGUAUUGAGAGAGGUGCACCAGCCUUACCACAAUUUGCGACAACGUGACGAGGAGUACCUAAUGAUUUGGCGUCUGGAGGAAGUUCUGCCAAAAUUGCACAAGACCUUUUGCCCAGUGCCUCUGUUGCUGCUGCUCACUAUGAACAGGAUUUGGGCUCUUCCUUAA